AUGAAUCCUCUUCGACCCAGUGAACAAGCCGCAAACCGCGCUACUGCCCUCGGAUCAUCUCCUCCCCCAAUGCCAUUCGACGAGGAUGAUGAGGAUGACGAGGAAGCUGAACUUGUACCUGAUAUUGACGAUGUUGAUGAAUUGGCUGAAGAUGAGGAUGGAAUUGAUCUGUUUGGCGACAACUUCGAGCGCGAUUACCACGAUGGGCAAGAUCAAUACGAGAACGAGGCAUACAUUGACGACGAUGGCGACCACGAUGAGAUCGAUGCUGCAGCUCGCCGACAAUUGGAUGCCCGCUUGAAUCAAAGAGAUCGUGAACUGGCCCGCCGCCGCCGUAUGCCGGCCGCUUUCUUACAGGAUGAUGACGAUCUUGAGAUGGAUCUGGCGCGCCAGCCCCGACGUCGACGCCACCACUAUGACGAAGACCGUGAAGAUAUCGACAUGGCUGACGAGGGUAUGGAAGAACUUUCACUGGAGGAACUGGCUGAUGUCAAGGCCGCCAAUAUUACUGAAUGGGUUACCCAGCCCCAGGUUCUUCGGUCCAUUUACCGCGAGUUCAAGGCCUUUUUGACAGAAUUUAUCGAUCCCAGUGGUCAGUCGGUGUAUGGUAACCGAAUCAAGACUCUUGGUGAGGUCAACUCAGCUUCGUUGGAGGUUUCCUACGCCCAUCUCAGUGAGACCAAAGCCGCGCUGUCAUAUUUCCUUGCCAAUGAGCCCACUGAGAUCCUGAAGGUCUUUGACCAGGUGGCUCUUGAUGUGACCCUCUUCCACUACCCACAAUACCACGAUAUUCACAAUGAGAUUCAUGUGCGCAUCACCGAUGUGCCCAUCAUCUACACACUUCGUCAGCUCCGUCAGUCUCAUCUGAACUGCCUGGUCCGCGUCAGUGGUGUGGUCACCCGUCGUACUGGUGUUUUCCCCCAGUUGAAGUAUGUCAUGUUCCUUUGCCAGAAGUGUGGUAUUACCCUGGGUCCUUUCCAGCAGGAGGCCAGCUCCGAAGUCAAGAUUUCUUUCUGUCAGAACUGCCAGUCUCGUGGUCCAUUUACCGUUAACUCCGAGAAGACCGUCUACCGCAACUACCAAAAAUUGACUUUACAAGAGUCUCCUGGUACCGUGCCUGCGGGUCGUCUGCCCCGUCAGCGCGAGGUCGUCUUGUUGGCCGAUCUGAUCGAUACAGCCAAGCCUGGUGAUGAGAUUGAAAUCACUGGUAUCUACCGAAACAGCUACGAUGCUCAGUUGAACAACAAGAACGGUUUCCCCGUUUUCGCUACCAUUAUCGAAGCCAAUCAUGUAGUGAAGGCUCACGACCAGCUGGCUGGUUUCCACCUGACCGAGGAGGAUGAGCGUGAGAUCCGCGCUCUCUCUCGCGAACCUGACAUCGUUGACCGUAUUGUUCGCUCUAUCGCUCCCAGUAUCUAUGGACACCAAGAUGUCAAGACUGCUGUCGCCCUUUCACUCUUUGGUGGUGUCAGCAAGCAGGCUCAAGGAAAGAUGUCGAUCCGUGGUGAUAUCAACGUCCUACUGCUUGGUGACCCUGGUACUGCCAAGUCUCAGAUUCUGAAGUACGUGGAGAAGACUGCACACCGAGCCGUGUUCGCUACUGGUCAAGGUGCUAGUGCAGUUGGUUUGACUGCCAGCGUUCGCCGUGACCCGCUCACUAGCGAGUGGACUUUGGAAGGGGGUGCUCUGGUGUUGGCUGAUCGUGGUACUUGUUUGAUUGAUGAGUUCGACAAAAUGAACGACCAAGACCGAACAUCCAUCCACGAAGCCAUGGAACAGCAAACCAUUUCCAUUUCCAAGGCCGGUAUCGUGACUACAUUGCAAGCCCGUUGUGCCGUUGUCGCUGCUGCCAACCCUACAGGUGGCCGGUACAAUGCCACCAAGCCUUUCUCACAGAAUGUUGAAUUAACCGAGCCCAUUUUGUCUCGUUUCGAUAUUCUUUGUGUUGUUCGUGACUUGGUUGAGCCUGCUGAAGACGAGCGCUUGGCCAACUUUGUGAUUGAGUCUCACCACCGUGCUAACCCCGCCCGGCCUUUGCGUAACGAAGACAAUGACUUGGUCGACACUGAUGGCCACCUUAUUGACGAGGAGGGUUACCGCAUUGACCACGAGGGUCAACGACUGCCUCCCACACAAGAGGAGCUUGACCAGCGUGCUGCUGAGCUCAAGAAGUCCGAGGAUGAGAAGGAGGGCGAGAUCCCACAAGAGCUUAUGCGAAAGUACAUCCUCUACGCUCGUGAGCGAUGCCACCCGAAGCUGUACCAGAUUGACCAGGACAAGGUUGCCCGUCUGUUCGCAGACAUGCGUCGUGAGUCCUUGGCCACUGGUGCUUAUCCUAUUACUGUCCGUCAUCUUGAAGCGAUCAUGCGUAUUGCCGAGUCAUUCUGUAAGAUGCGUCUAUCAGAGUACUGUUCCUCCCAGGACAUCGACCGUGCUAUUGCAGUCACCGUUGAGUCGUUUAUUGGCAGUCAGAAGGUCAGCUGCAAGAAAGCACUGUCGCGUGCAUUUGCCAAGUACACACUUGCUCGCCCCAAGCCCCAAUCCAAGCGCCGUGCCGGUAUUGCCGUGCCAAACCCACAUCUGCCCCGUGCUGCGUCCGCGGCGCGGUAA